ACAAACCCGUGUGCUGAGCCGUGGACCAAAGGUGAAGGAGAAGCGACACUGACUCGCUUUUACUACGACUCGAUCAAGCGCAAAUGUCUUGCCUUCAACUAUUUUGGCACAAAGGGCAACCAGAAUAACUUCCUAACGAAGGAACUUUGUGAGGUUGGCAUUUUGGGCUACUUGCCCAGUAUGGGUGAAUCCAUGCGCUGUUGGUAUUACUGCCAUAUCGGCUUCGAUGAAUCGACAACGGUCUGCUGCCAGUCUCAAGGUGAUCCGUGCAGUCUGGUCGUGAAGGAAGGGUUACGGUUCCCAGAGCAUGAACCGCUGGUUCUACAACCAUCAAACGAGACAGUGCCAACCGUUUACCUACCG